CAGAUGCGAUACCCUUGCUGUACGUCCACGUGUGCACUCUGCAUUGAAGACUAUUAAGCAGCGCAAAUGUUACUCUCACACUCUGACGACUGGCCCGGGUGUGAAUGAGCCGACUGUGGUCUCGGGUACUAGGUAUGAAGAGCACGUCCAGGCUGUGCUGCACCGUUACAUGUUCGACCUCGAUCGCGUGGGAGGGGCUAACGACAAAGGCGCUGAUCUCGCUGGAUCAUGGCACCUGCCAAGUGAUGCAUACGAGAACAGAACGGAUAACCAGUCAUCACUUGAUAAAAACACGCGUGUAAUGGUACAAUGCAAGAACUACAAGAAGAAGUUAGGUCCAGUGCACGUUCGCGAAAUCGAAGGAGCUUUAGGAGGACGCGCACAGAAGACUGUUGGAUUAUUGGUGACGCCGAAAGGUUUCUCACCAAUGUGCAUAUCGAGAAGCGACUCGUCCGCAUACCCCUUGGCUCUCAUUGUGGUUAGCGAAUUACACGAUAUCGUCAGUAUACACACCAAUGCAUCACUGAGGACUCUGUUACCUACAAUAACGAUUGGCACAAAGCACGAGGUGAUAGACCAUACAAGGGUACGAAUACCAGUUAUAUUGCACCGAUCGCGAGAGAAUGGGAUGGUUACGAUCAAGGGAAAGUAUCUCCCACAGCGCUGUGAUGGAUAAGAUUAAUCCAGAUUGACUAUACAUACGGGACCUACAUAAAGCCGGCGGAAAUGGCAGUAUGGAAGGAUAUACUUCCAUGUACACAGUAGAUACAUAAGAUCCAGGAACACGCAUUUGAGGUCUAGCGAACACUGCCAUGGGAGAGGCUAGACUGUUUUUCAUCAGAACUUUUGGACCAAUAUAUUUACAAAGCAACGAGUGCAUGGAGGGUAGGUCAAUAGUAUCUAGUUCAUUGCUGCACUACAAUAUGAAAAAUGAUCCUUUUUAUGAAGUUCCCUCGCUUUCCCUGAACAGAUCUCGAAUAAACUUCCGCUUGAGAUAAUCAACUCACCACAACUCG